GUUAGCGUCUCCUAAGUUUAGUCGCACCGGAAUGUGGGUGAAAAUUGCUGAAAUAAUACUAUUUCAUAUUGUAUUUCUCCUCAUUAACAUUUCACCAGUAACCUGCCACGUUCCGAGCUACGCGUCGACUCCAUCGAAUAAAAUAGAACAAUUUUGUCAAUUGUCAGAAGCUUGUAUACAUGAUACGAUAGCAGUCUGCGGCAAGAUGGGUGAAGAACAAAGAACCUUCUUGGACCUUUGUGACCUGCUGGAGUACGCCUGUGAUCACAACCAAAUUUUCUCCCAUGUCGACGACAUGCCAGGUUGUCCAGAAGUCGAGGAAGAUGACUAUUAUAUACGAAGAAAGUCCUAAGAAGUACUUAUCCAAGAAUAAAAUGUCAUCAGAUUUACUCCUUUCAGACUGAUCAUUAAAGAUAUCAUUCGUUGUUUUUUUUUACUUCUACGUAAAUCGUGUAGAAUCUAGAAAAUUUCUUUGACAUUAAAUGAAAUAAGUGAAAAUUCCAAA